AGGCCUGCGUCUGGAGGCUAUUGCUAACCACCGCGUCACGUGACGAGCUCCCCUCCGCCUGGUGGCUAUUGCUAACAGUUAAGGUCUGCCGCGAGGAGCAGCGCCGCUCUUUCGGUACCAAUCCGCGUCGUCGCCCUCCCGUCCCGGUUCUACUCCGGUCCGCAACCAUGUCGGCGGUGCAGCGAAUGAAGGUGGCGAACGAACGGCACAGCAAAACCAUCACGCAGCGGGGACACGUCCAGAAAACCUCGCGGCCGGUCAACGAAGACAAGUCUCCGGUGGGUCCGUGGCUUCUGGCGCUCUUCGUCUUCGUGGUUUGUGGAUCAGGUGAGUCCAUUCAGACGUCAGCACUUCAAGUCCUCCACUUGAGCGUGUCAAUGUGUGUUGCAGCCAUCUUCCAGAUCAUCCAAAGUAUCAGACAGGGCAUGUGAUGACCCGGAGCUGAGCCGCUCUGAUGUUCCCCGGACCUUGUUGACACAUACACACUGUUCUCGUUUAGUCAUUGUUUAGUUUGUUUUCAUUGUUGAUCAGAUAUUGAUGAUUGUUUUGUUUUAAUUUUUUUUUUUACAUACACACACACACAAAGCAUGUGAACGACACAUUUCACAAUGCUUUGCUUUUUUGAUGUUCAAAGCGUGUUUGAAAUAAAGCUGAUAUAUUUCUC